AUGCCAUUGAAUGGUCAUCCGAAUCGUGUCGAUCGCUCCUUUGAUCAAGAUGAGCCCAUCAUACGUGAGCGUUUAUCAGGCGCCAUUAAUGCAAUAAGUAUGUCUCCAGAGGGUAACGCUGUUGUUGUUGCUGGAAGAGAAAUUUUGAAGGUUCUUUCAUUCAGCAAGACAAGAGUGGUGGAAACACUUAAUCUACGUGCAGGCAGUCAAUUGAAUUUGAAUUAUAGUAGCAAUGAUGUCAAAUGGGGAAACAAUGCUACAAAGUAUAAAGUAGCUACAGCAGCAACAAACGGUGCCAUCAUAUUAUGGGAUCUACAUAAAGUAGGUCGUAAAUCAGAGCGUGUCAUCACCGAGCAUUCUCGUGCUGUCAAUAGAAUAUCCUUUCAACCUGAUAAUGGAAAUAUAUUACUCAGUGCUUCACAAGAUGGAAUGAUGAAAUGCUGGGAUUUUCGUGAUUCCAGAAACAGUGCAAGAUAUCGGUUUGAAGGGAAAUCAGAGUCCGUACGAGAUGUUCAAUUUAAUCCAGUCAAUAUUUAUGAGUUUGCAGCUGCUUUCGAAACAGGAACAAUUCAGAAAUGGGACAUAAGAAACCCUAAAGCAUUAUACGAUCGCAAACUAAACGCUCAUAAUGGCCCUUGUCUAACAGUUGAUUGGCACUCUGGUGGGAAAUUGGUUGCAAGUGGAGGAAGAGAUAGGACAAUAAAGGUGUGGGACAUGUCAACAGACAAUAGACGUCCUUUAUAUACCAUUAGAACAGUAGCCUCUGUCUCACGGAUCCAAUGGAGACCGGGCUACGAAGAUGAGAUAGCUUCAUGUGCACUCCUUACUGACAAUCGAAUUCAUAUUUGGGAUAUUAGAAGACCUCACAUCGCAAAAUAUGUCUUUGAUGAGCAUGAUACAACCCCAACAGGCUUUCUAUGGUCAAAUUCUGAUGAGUUAUUGUCCGUAUCUAAGGAUAAAUGGUUCAUCAAGCAAAAUAUUAAACGUGCAUAUCAGCCUGUGGAUUUGUUAAAGAGAAACGGAAUGGGCUGGAAUGUCCAUGGCGAUAUUGCAUUUACUAUCGAUAGAAGUGAAAGAUCGUCCUUUGUUGAUGAGUCACUUAUUCCAAAAGCACCAAAGAAUUGGAAGAAGCUUGGGGUGAGAACCUCUUUUGAUGAGGAAGUGAUUCAAUAUAUUCCUCCUCAGAGUUGUGGCAUCGCUCAUAUGCCUUUGUUUGAUUUCAAGGCAUUCUGUAUAUUUGCUGAAAAAUACAUUAUAUCAAGUGACAAUGUUGCAUUUGCCUGUGAUCAAAAUGCAGAGCUGGCAUGGAAAAUGGGGCGCUAUCGUACUUCACAAACAUGGAGAAUUAUAGCUUUACUUUAUAACGAACAAGAGAAAGAUGUAGAAAACGAGCAACUGGAUGCGGAAAGCAUAGAAGAAGCCAAAAUAAAAGAGGAAAGGCAACAUAAUGAAGUACAAGGCAGCAUAGACAGCUAUGAGCAGCUAUCACAGUCAUCGGGAUAUACAGACAGCUUAAAUACCACAUUGUCACAAACACAAGUACAGUUCAGUCCACAAACCCCUUGGCAGCAUGAUGCUACAGUGAUGGAGUUAUUCAACUAUUAUACAGAGCAGGGCGAUGUCCAAAUGUGCGUUACUUUGUAUCUAGUAUUGGAAAAGUAUUUAGAUAUAGAUGAAAACCGCCUAGAAGAUUGGUUUACAGCAUAUAUAGACCUUUUACAUAGAUUCAAACUCUGGUCUACGGCUACAGCUAUUAUCAAGGCAUGCAAAGUCCAGAAUGUGAGGGAACGUAAUGAGAAUGCUACAACAAUCAAUGUUGCAUGUAAUACAUGCUUCAAGCUAGUACAAGGUACAAGUAACGGGGCAUGGGCCUGUGACAAGUGUCAUAGACUAUUAAACCCUUGUACUAUUUGUCACCAGACAGUCAAAGGCCUUUAUGUAUGGUGUCAAGGCUGUAACCACGGCGGUCAUCUUGCUCAUAUGCGAGGAUGGUUUGCUACAGAGAAACUAUGUGCAACUGGCUGCGGCCAUGCAUGCGUAUUGCAGCCACUGUCAUUAUAG